AAUACGAAGUUAUAUGUUUAAUGCAUCUCAACAAAUAUCUCGAUAUUUAAUUGUAAGUGCAUGUAUUGAUCGAUUUGCUCUUUGUUCAACAAAUGCUACUCUUCGACAAUUCUCUCGUGUACAGGUUGCUCGUCGUUGUGUGAUUCCUUUUAUCAUUAUUAUUUGGCAUGUCUUUCCAAUUUAUAUGCUAGUCUUCAAUAGUGCUGUAAACACUAGCUGUGUGUAUCCAGGUGUAUCGGCACUCGUCAAUAGUAUCUAUGGCAUGUCCUUGGUUGGUUUUCUUCCACCUACUUUGAUGCUUAUUUUUUCUACACUGACAAUUCGUAAUCUGACAUCAAGACAAGAUCGUCGACAUGUUCAUCCACUUCCCAUUGUCAACAUUAAUGUAUCAACAGAUAGAGAUCGAAAACAACAGAAAAAAGAUCAACAAGUUUUUGCAAUGUUAAUCGUACAAGUUAUUGUUUAUGUUAUUACGACAAGUAUGGGCAGUAUCAAUUUAGUCUAUUCUGUUGCAACAGCAUAUAUGGGAAUAGAAAAAUCGAUUGAACGAAAAGCUAUUGAAAGUUUUAUUUCAUCUGUUACUGGAAUAUUAAAUUAUACGUCUCCUAGUUUAUCAUUCUAUUUAUUUCUUCUUGUUUCAAGUCUUUAUCGAAAGGAAAUGAAAUUAGUCAUACGGCAGGUGUGUACUAGGUGUGGCUUAAGAUGGAUUGUUAAUAAUAAUAGUGUUGGUAAUAGUCGUGCAACACAUCAUAGUAGGCUAGGUGAAUUUACCCGGCAACCAACUGUAAUACCACUCCCUGUCAUAAGUACUCAUACUCGAGAUUAG